CAAAAAUGGAGAGAAAACAUGGGAAAUACAUAGUGAAUAUCGAACAUUCUGAAAACCAGCUGUCAUUCAACCCAAGAAACCAUGAAGCUCACAGUUCGUCAUGUCAGUUUCCAACAUCAGCUGAUGUAACUGGCGAUGUUGGUACUGAUUUAACUGGUGUCUGCACGAACACAGGGACCCUUGGACACUCAGAAUCUCCAAACAGAGAAUUCCAACGUUGUCAGGUAACAUGGAAUUUCUUCAGUGACUGGUCUCUUUGGGGAAUCUUCCUGGCUUGUCUCUUAGCCUGUGCACUGACAACAACCAUCGGAGUACUCAUAGAAUGUCUGGUGUAUAAUAGGAAAAAUAAUAAUGCAUCCAUUAUUCAGCUCCCUCAAAACGAUGGGACGAGCUCAUCUACUAGUUGUGAAACUAUAGUACCUAUUACUGUAAUGGAUUCAACCACAACAUCUGAUUCAACUACCAUCACUAUGACCACUGCUAGCACUUCAACAGAACCAACUAAUGCUAUCACUACAACUUCUACCACUUCUAUGGAACAUAAAACAAUGGCAGGAGCAAACACUUCAACGAAACCAAAUACCACAGUGACUCCCAGCAAUUCCACUAAGGAGAAAACCACAAGAGCCACUAGUACUGCUUCUACUGAACCUACAACCACAGCUACAGUCACCAAUUCACUUGAACUCCCUACCACAAAGAUUGCCAGCACAGCCACUGAAGCUAUAACUACCUUGGGCACCAUUGCUGCCUCUACAGAACCCACAACCAUCAUAGCCACCAGUACUCUCUCUAUUAAGUUGACAGCUACCACAGCAGCCACCAUAUCAUCUGAACUCACUACCACAAAAACUUCCAGCACUAACACUAAGGUUAGUACAACUGCAGCUGCCAUUACAACAUCUACCAAUCCUACAACUACCAUGGCCACCACCAUGACUUUUGCAGAACCUACAACCUCCAAGGCUACUUCUACAACUUUUACUGAAACUACAACCACCACAGCUAACACAGCUUCUACUAAACCUACAACCACCACAGCCACCACUACUGAACCUAUAUCCACCACAGCUGUCAUCACAUCAUCAGUACCAACUCUCACAACAGUUGCUGGCAUGACCCCUGAGUCUGCAACCACCACAGAUACCACUACAAUGUCUUCCAAACUUGCAACCCCCAGGCCCACCGCUAUCACCUCUACCAAAUCUAUAGCCACCAUGGCCACCAUUCCAAACUCUGCUGAACCUACAACCUCCAUGGCCACCAAUACCACCUCAACUGAACCGACAACAACCACUACAGCCACCACUUCAUCUGAACCGACUACCACAAUAACUUCCAGCACUACCACUGAGGCUACAAGCACCAAAGAUAUCACUGUGAGGUCUACUGAACCUACAACCACUACAGCCAUGACUACAACUGCUACCAAACCUACCACCACUAUGGCCACCACUGUUGUCUCUACGGAACCUACAGCUACCCUGGCAGCUACCUCAGCAUCUGAACUGACCACUGCAAUACCUGCCAGCAGUGCCACUGAGGCUACAACUGCCACAGACACUACUACCCCUUCUACUGAAACUACAAGCACCAUGACCACCACAACUUCUACUGUACCUACAACCACCACAACCACCACUACAACCUCUACUGAAUCUAUAACCACCACAGCCAUGACUACAACUGCUACCAAACCUACAACCACUACGGCCACCACUGUUGUCUCUAUUGAACCUACAGCUACCACAGUAGCUACCUGA